UUAGAUCAAGGUUCGUUUUGUUGAAUGUGUAACUAGAUUUCUUUUCUACUAACAGCCGAUAUCUGAUCUUCUUUUUAGCUUACUAAGCAUUUUUGUGAUAGUGAAGAUUAAGCGAAUAAGCGUUUUUUUAAAAGAAGAAUUGAAAAUGUUCUACUUUGGAUACUUACUAAUUGCAGGAUAUUUGAUACAUUUAACCACAUCUUCAAACAUAGACUGCAGCAAAGAGCACUUUUUAUGUGACAGUGGUGACCAAUGCGUGAAUCGAAGUAAAUGGUGUAACAAAAAAUCCGACUGUGAAGAUGGAAGCGAUGAAUUUUAUUGCAAAAAAGCAGGUUUUUGGAAGGGUGAUGAUCCAAAUAAGUGUGAAGCAAAAAAAGAAACUCAUAUUUUAUGCGGUUCUGGCAUCUGUAUACCUAUUGCUGCUAAGUGUGAUACAUACAAUGAUUGUGAAGAUAAUACUGAUGAAGAAAACUGUGAAAUCUCCGUAUUGCAUAACCCUGAACCACCGCCAACUGAAACUACCAGAGCAGACUCUGACAUAAAUUAUGACGAUACAAGUGAAGAGAUGACUAUAGCUAGCCGUAUACCAUCGCACAAGACUUCGUUCUCAACUACAGCAGUUACGAAGCUUUCCGAAGAAGAUGAGCAGGAGUCUUCAACUACACGUGAUACUUAUUCAAGUCUUGUGGACGGUCAUUUAAAAUCAAGUACUAGCUAUUACGACAAAAGAUUGAGAGAAACAGAUUCUGAAUCAGACCAUCCUUCUCGAAUUUUUCCAAGAACAGUUCCGACUAGAGCGUAUAGAGUGGAUCAUUCAAUUUCGCAAACGCAUUCUAGAAUCUUCACUACACCUAUUUCAGCAACGAAAACUCGUAGUUGGCGUCCCCCUAUUAAUGUCCCACCAUCUCAAAUUACUUAUCCAACAAGGCGACAACAACAUCAAAAUGUUAAUCCGCGAUAUAAUCAUUACCAGCCUCCUGUACAUCAUAAUCGGGCUCCUGCAAAUCAUCAUCAGCAUCCUGCCGAACAUCAUCAGCCACACAUGAGUCAUAGUCAGAACCCUUCCAACCGUUAUCAUUCUCUGGACAUCCGUUAUCAGCCUCAUUUAAAUUCUUAUCCGCCUUCUUCCGAGUCUUAUCAACCAUCUUCUAUUUCCAAUCAGCACUCUCCCAAUUCUUAUCAACAAUCUUCCAAUUCUUAUCAACAAUCUUCCAAUUCUUAUCAGCGAUCUUCCAAUUCUUAUCAGUCUGCUUCCGAUUCUCAUCAUCCUCAUCGUCCAAUUCCUAAUAACAGCCAUAACGGGCACAGGUCAGUGAAUGGACAACGGAAUUCUGGAUACCACUUCAAGCCGUAUGUCCCUGAACAGAAGGUCAGGAGACCUUUUUACUUCGCCAAAGAUUACGGUUCUCUGUAUGGCAAAGAUAAGGUACAGUCUAUACGCAAUGGGACAGAGUGGGUUCUGGGGCAACGUUCUGAUUCUGGAGAUUGGGGUAAAGACACUCCGAGGGCUGUGGUCGCUUUGGCUUUAUCCUCCAACGACAGUUUUUUUAAUGGUGAUAAUGACGGAGAAAUGAUUAAAAGAAGAUUUAUGGUUCAAAUUGGAGCUGAUUUACUUAAAAACAACACUGAAGAUUUUAAUAUAAAUAGGCUGUUUAUGGCGAUCAAUGCCCUGUUGGCUGUUUGCGAGGAUCCGACUGAUUUCCACGGAAUAGAUUUGGCAGAGAAGUUAAGGUACAAAAUAGAUAAGACCCAAGAGAAUAAACGCAGGUCCUACCAGAAUUCUUUUGUGUUCUUGUCCCUGUGCUUAUCCAAUAAGAGUCUGACUUCAACUGAAAUCCAUCAUUUGAUGAAUCAAAUGUCCAUAACUGUGAUUCCGAACGAAAGAAGCAAAGAUACGCUGAUUGCAGCCAUCCUGGCAUUUUCUUGCUACGUUCAUCAGAGUUCUAUUGAAGAUUCAAACUACAGCAGAUCACUUCGAAGUAGAUUGAAUGACGCAAUCUCUAGACUUUUAGAAUAUGUUGCCGAAGAUGGAAGUUUUGGAAGUGUUUAUACUACAGCACUCGCGGCACAAGCCCUAAUGUCGACAAACGAGACGGAUAACUGGGAAGCAGAUAAAACAAUGAGUUUUCUGAAACAUCAACAGCGCCAAGAUGGAUCUUUCGGAGAUUUUUUGGCCACCUAUUGGGUACUUCCCGCUUUGAGUGGAAGAAGUCUGCUACAUCUGAGAAACAUGAACUGCAAUCCUGCCAAAAAAGAACUAACACCGAAGGAAAUCCUAGAAUUCGUAGGACCAAAGCAAUACGUCCACUAUUCCCUGUAUUUCGGAUAUCCACUUGUUAAUUCUCAAUCAUUAUUUCUUUAUUUACCACAAGGAAUAAACUUCUUGGAUGUGAUGAGAGUUGCUGAAUACCAGGAUCCAAAUUUCAGAUUUUCUCUAGAAAAUAACAGCUCCAAAGUCUACAGUUUGUCUGGUUUACCAAACGAUUCUGAAAUGGGACAAUCUUGGCACCUUUACGUAAGACAAGCCUCAAGUUCAUAUUUGCACGACCCAGACAGAAAUGAAAGGUUCAUGGGAGAUUUGAGAAGCCUGUCUCCAAAAUCGAGAGAAAUUUUUAUAUUUUGGUACCAUUCUAACAAACUUGAGUAAGAGCAACAUCUUAGUAACAUGUGAGAAAAAACUCUGUACAAUAAAAUUUACAUCAACAA